UGGAUGGCAACCAGGAACCGGAAGUGAAGAGUCGAACUCUUUCGCAUGGGCGUUUACACCUCUUUGGCACAACUGGGCCUGCUUUCCCGAGGUUUGGCUGCUCCUGACGGCGCUCGCGAAGGAGGUGGUGACAAAGGAGCCGAAGGGAUGCGGCGCUGGCCUUCUCGAAAAGAGAGGUGGAGAUGCACUGGAACCGGCAGCACAGUUAGUACUGGACCACAAAAUGUGUGAUUACAACGAAUGUUAAGAAUCCUGUGAGUAGACUGUACUUACCUACUGAAGGCAAGACUUGAUAUUUUCUUCCUGAGCUUGCUACAUUUCCCGGAAACGAACAGUCAUGUCCUAUGUGUUUGUAAACGAUUCUUCACAGACCAAUGUGCCUCUGCUGCAGGCUUGCAUUGAUGGAGAUUUUAACUAUUCCAAGAGGCUGUUGGAGAGUGGCUUUGACCCAAACAUUCGUGACAGUCGUGGCCGAACAGGGCUCCACUUAGCGGCAGCUAGAGGAAAUGUAGACAUCUGUCAGCUGUUGCACAAAUUUGGUGCUGAUCUUCUGGCUACUGAUUAUCAAGGUAACACAGCCCUUCACUUGUGUGGGCAUGUGGAUACCAUUCAGUUCCUUGUGUCCAACGGACUCAAAAUAGAUAUUUGCAAUCACCAAGGUGCUACGCCUCUUGUUCUGGCAAAACGAAGAGGCGUAAAUAAAGAUGUGAUUCGGUUGCUAGAAUCUUUGGAGGAGCAAGAAGUGAAAGGAUUCAAUAGAGGAACUCAUUCAAAGCUGGAAACAAUGCAGACUGCUGAAAGUGAAAGUGCAAUGGAAAGCCAUUCGCUUCUCAAUCCCAACCUGCAACAAGGCGAAGGAGUUCUCUCCAGCUUCCGAACAACAUGGCAAGAAUUCGUGGAGGAUCUUGGCGUCUGGCGGGUGCUGCUCUUGCUUGUUGUCAUUGCCUUGCUCUCUCUUGGGAUUGCGUACUAUGUUAGUGGAGUGCUGCCUUUUGUAGAAAACCAGCCUGAGCUGCAUUAGAGGCAGUGUAAAUAAAGAGUGUCCUUUCCAUUAUUUUUAUCUUCUUGGUCUGUUGUCUUUGGUGCAAGUGGCAGCAGCUGUGUGUAUGGUUGUCACUGAGAUAUAUAUUCCUAUGUACAGAAAUCCUUUUGAACAAGAAUGCUUUCACUUCAGGUGAACAGUACUAAAUUCUAAGGUAAACCUCAACCAACCUUCACCAACCUAGUGCUGUCUACAUUGGCGCUAGCUGAAGCUGAUGGGAGUUGAAGUCCAAAACAUCUGCAAGGUACCAGGGUCAUAUCCACACCAUACAUUUAAAGCACAUGGCUUCCCCAAAGAAUCCUGGAAACUGUAGUUUAAGGGUGGUGGGAGCUGUAGUUCUUUGAGAGGUAGACUACAGUUCUCAGGAUUCUUUGGGGAAAACCGUGACUUUUAAAGUGGUAUAAAUGUGCCUUAAAUGUAUGGUAUGGAUGUAUUACAGGCUAGUGAAGGCUGUCUUAAGCUACCUCUAAAGAGCCUUGGCUUGGGAUAAAAUGUUAGUAGCAGUCUCUGCUGAUGAAGUGCAAUGAUAUAAAAGGCCCCGAAGAGCCUGGUGUUGAAAAGGAAAAUUAAUAAGGGACCAAGUCUUUGCAUUUUUGUUAAAAGCAGAUCACUAUUUUAACGGACCAUGUCUAUCCUUGUGGGUGCUUAAUAGUCAUAACUUUCUGCCAGACAUAUACAUAGCAUAAUACUGCAAGAGCAUUCAGGUUUGUCUCAUCUUGGUUCAUUUUUUUCUUUUUAAAGAACACGUCAUAACUUUAUUUUUCCUUAAAUUUCUUUUGAAAUGUUGUCAAGUGUUUUGUUUAUUGGUUCAGUGUAAUCACCUAGUUUUAUCUAGACUGGAGAACAUGAAUAAACCUUAUAAAAUUAAUCUGUUUUGUUGGUUGUGGGAGAAAACUUCUUUAGACUUUAAAUAUGCUGAGGUUUUGUUUUUGCUUUUUUCCUAUUGGGGGAAGCAGUCCGUUUCUUAAAAGCAGGCACAUGAUCUUAAUCUGAAAUUCAUUUGCUGUAGUAUUCAAAGCAUAUUUGUAUGUAUUGCUAAUCUGUUACAUGCUUGUUAGGAGCUAGAAAAUAUUUAUUUCAGUUCUGUUAGAAGGCCAGAAUGUGAAAAGGUUUAUAUUUUUCUGUUUUUCAGAUAGCACUAAAAAGCUAAUGGGUUGUCUUCUCAGCUAAUGUAGUAGAAAUACACUAAAUGUUCUAACGUUUUAAAAUAUGGCAUUACUGAAUAUGUAAACUGAAAUCUGACCCAGUACUAUGAUUUUGAGGUCCCUUUAAUAAUUUACAUAAUAAGAUUUUGAUUAAUAACUUUUACAAAGAUUGCGUAACUAUUAGGUAGGUGGUUCAGACAUUUCAAUAGUGCCUAAGGCAAUUUGGCUACAGUCUUCUCCUGCACAUAACUCUCUGUGUGUGUAAUGCACAUAGGUGCUUGCACACUGCCACGCAGUUGCUGUACGUUCUGGCAAGAGAGAGAAUAGUGGCUGGUUUCUUUUUCUUGGUAACAGCUACAGUCCAUGUAUUCAAUACAAAUAAAUAGACAUAAAAUAUGCAUUUUUAACUUGAAAAUUGGAGCAAAUAGUUGGUAAGUAUACCUAGGGACAAGUACAUUCUUUGUGUUUUUCUCAGACAGCUUUUUCUGGCAUUGUGUUGGCCCCUAACUCUAGCCACAGUUAAUCACUUUUUAAGCCUGGUUGAUUUUUAAGAGAAAACUCAGCAUGUGCUUAAUUCUUUAAUGGGAAAUCAUUGCAUCAUUUUUAGAUAGUAUACAACAAACUGAGAAGACUCCAAAACUGAGGUUCAAAGUAAUGUCUUAAUUUGAUAUAACAUGGCUAGUGGUUAAGGUGUUGGACUGGGACCUGGGAGACCAGGGUUCGAAUCCCCACACAGCCAUGAAGCUCACUGGGUGACCUUGGGCCAGUCACUGCAUCUCAGCCUCAGAGGAAGGCAAUGGUAAACCACCUCUGAAUACCGCUUACCAUGAAAACCCUAUUCGUAGGGUCGCCAUAAGUCCGAAUCGAUUUGAAGGCAGUCCAUCAUCGUAAUCAUAAUUAAGGAAUGAUAAUCAUCUAAUAAUGUAUUAUGUCACUAUAGAUUCUCUUCCAUUUUAUGCUCCUGUAAAACUGUUAAUUGCAUUGUAAGCAUGCCUGGAUGCUCCUAAUAAAUGUGUAUAAGUCAA